GUAAAAACAACUAACCGCUUUUAAAUUCCAUUUCCGGUUAAGCGUCGCGGCUUUCAAGAGAAAUACUGUUUUUGCUUUUGUUUCACAAGCUUUAGUUCUAACAGUAUUUGUGAAACGCUUCUAAACUAUACCUGGUUUGUAAAAAUUAGAGUUACGCGUUGGUUCAUUUCGCUUUUCAAGUUAAACAGGGAAGAAAAACAUGGCGGCGUCCUUGACAAGCACAGGGAGCGUGAGGCUACUGAGCGCCUUGGCUCGGUCCAGCUUGCUGUGCAGUCCUGGAAACAGAGGCCUCCAUGUAACUGCAGUUUGCUGCAAGAAUAGAGCUGCUCGUAUUCGCGUGGGCAAAGGCGACAAACCACUGACAUACGAGCAAGCGUAUCAUCCUCAUCACAUUGCCCACUAUAAAGGAUGGCUGUCGCAGCACACCGGUAACCUGAAAGGUGAGGGGGGGACUGCCGAGCGCACUGUGGAGGAUGUCUUCAUCCGGAGGUUUAUGUACGGGACCUUCCAUGGCUGCUUGGCCGAUGAGGUCGUAAUCAAAAGGCGUGGCAACAUGAUAAUCGUGUGCACUUUUAUGCUACAAAGCUUGUUGCCUCAGAAGUAUUACUUCCUGAUCGGAUACUCUGAGACGCUGCUGUCGUACUUAUACAAAUGCCCUGUCAAGUUAGAGAUACAGAUUUUGUCGGGUAAAAAUGUGUACAAGUGCAUUUGAUGGAGACGUGUCCAUCUAAUAUUGAAGAGUUAUCAGCUGCAGUGCAUUUGCUAUGAAUAGUUUUUGAGCUCUGUCAGGAAGACACUGAGUAUACCACAAAAAUGAUCUUUUAACUGUGCCGUUUGAUCUCCAGACAUCGUUUUUCUUUUAUUUUUGAUUGAAGCAUGUGUUGUCUAAUAAAAAGUAACCGCGUAAACAAGACUUGUUUCUACAAAUCAGAAAUAAAUGUUACACGUAACAAAA